CAUGCAGGGAGCGCGAGAGAACAAGAACGUUAACCGUGAAAAGCGGGAGCAGGACGGGAAUCGCUUGACAGCGUCUUGACUACGGAUUUGUGACUCCCACCUGCGUUUGUUGCAUGAGGAUAGUGCGUUAAAUCGCCUCUUUUUUUAGUCGAUGCCUGAGUGAGAUGCCUCUUUCCUCAGCGCCCAUCACGGAGAUAAGCGGACCCGCGUAAAGGAUGCUGCACACGGACGAACGUUAUUUGACAUGCACUGACAUUUAAAAUGAACCAUUUGAACCCUGCACAUCUCACGCAUUUCGCCUCUGCUCGUGAUGGCCAAUGCACAGCGUGAUUAAACGCGUGCUUUUUCUCUCGCGGUGACGGCAGCGUAAGCAUAAUCUCCGUAGGCUGCUCUUACACAUCUAAACGUUUAUAAUGGGGGUCAACAAAAGAACCGGAGGCGGUGGGGUUUGAUCGUAACCCCUAUACAUCUUGUAUAAGCUCUCUUCACUUGUAUCAUUAUAUACGUACUUCAACAUCCAGCACGCGCAUCAGCUUUAAAGCUUGGGAAACUGCGGCGCAGGGGUUGCGUGUGGUGCUGAAAGGACAGCUCCCACCACGGCGGGGUCGCAUCCCCGUUCUACAUGGAUCAAUAUUAGGGGACUGACAGUGUCGCUUUUGAGCUUUAAUGGCUGUGGCACGCAAGAUCAAAACUCUGCUGACGGUCAACAUUCUGGUAUUCGUCGGGAUCAUUUUGUUCUCGGUGUACUGCAGGAUCCAGGACCGAUCCGAGGAGCUCGUCCAGAUCGGCAGGCUGUCGGAUCAGAGACUGCGAGGCAGGAAUGCCAAAGUUACGAACUCCAUGGACAGACAGUCCAUUCUCAAAAGACUCGAGCGACUGGAAGAUGUGGUGUAUAACCAAUUAAACGGUCUAGCAAAGCCCAUGGGUUUGGUAGAAGGUCCUGGAGGUCUGGGACAGGGCGGUGCAGCGGCAACAUUAGGAGAAGACAGCCGGGAGAGCGAAGGGAGGUAUGAGGAAUACGGCUACAACGCCCAACUCAGUGACCACAUCUCUCUGGAUAGAAAUAUUCCAGACUACAGGCCGAAAAAAUGUAAGCUGCUGACGUACUCUGAUGACCUUCCUCAGAUAUCUGUGGUCUUCAUCUUUGUGAAUGAAGCUCUCUCCGUCAUCCUGCGGUCCGUGCACAGCGUGGUCAACCACACCCCUGCACAUCUGCUCAAAGAAAUCAUACUGGUGGACGACAACAGCGACAGCGUGGAGCUGAAGUUCAAUCUAGAUCAUUAUGUGAACAAGCGAUAUCCAGGCCUGGUGAAGAUCGUGAGGAACAGUAAGCGAGAGGGUCUCAUACGGGCGAGAAUUCACGGCUGGAACGCUGCCACCGCUCCUGUCGUGGGCUUCUUUGAUGCCCACGUGGAGUUCAACACAGCCUGGGCGGAGCCUAUCCUCACCAGAGUGAAAGAAGAUCACACUAGGAUAAUCCUUCCUGCGAUAGAUAAUAUCAAGUACAACACGUUUGAGGUGCAGCAAUAUGCCAAUGCAGCUCACGGAUACAACUGGGGACUCUGGUGCAUGUAUAUCAUUCCUCCGCAGGAUUGGUUGGACAAAGGAGAUGAGACUGCCCCCAUAAGGACCCCUGCCAUGAUUGGUUGCUCUUUUGUGGUGGACCGUGAGUAUUUUGGAGAAAUCGGACUGCUUGACCCAGGCAUGGAGGUCUAUGGAGGAGAGAACAUCGAGCUUGGCAUGAGAGUCUGGCAAUGUGGCGGCAGCAUGGAGGUCCUUCCGUGUGCUAGAGUGGCACACAUCGAACGCACAAAGAAACCCUACAACAAUGACAUUGACUACUACGCCAAGCGAAACGCAUUGAGAGCGGCCGAAGUCUGGAUGGAUGAGUUUAAGUCCCAUGUUUACAUGGCCUGGAAUAUUCCAAUGAAUAACCCGGGAGUGGAUUUUGGGGACGUGUCAGAGCGUGUAGCGCUGAGGAAGAAAAUGAACUGCAGGAGCUUCCGCUGGUACCUGGAGCAUGUCUAUCCUGAGAUGAGAAUCUACAAUAACACCAUCACUUACGGAGAGGUGCGAAACAGUAAAGCCAGUGGCUACUGCCUUGAUCAGGGGUCAGAGGAUGAUGACAGGGCGAUACUCUACCCAUGUCACGGCAUGUCAUCACAGCUGGCUAGGUACACCACCGAAGGCUUGCUGCAGUUAGGACCCCUGGGGUCCACCACAUUUCUGCCUGACACAAAAUGCCUAGUAGAUGAUGGCAGGGGAAAGACUCCAAGCUUGAAAAAAUGUGAUGCUGUUACCAGGUCCUCCCAGAGGCUUUGGGAUUUUACACAGAAUGGCCCCAUCAUAAGUCGAGACACAGGGCGCUGUUUGGAGGUCGAAAUGUCCAAAGAGGCAAACUUCGGUCUGCGGCUGGUGGUCCAGAGGUGCUCGGGGCAGAAGUGGAUGAUUCGAAAUUGGAUAAAACACCCCAGACACUGAGGACCAUCUUACCUCACAGGCUCCCUGUGCUGGAGAGUAGCCAUAGACUCGAACCCUGAGUCAGAGGUUAAGAGCAGAACUCACGUGAGGAGCGUUGUUAGCUCCAGGACCCAUUUUCAGGGUAAAACACUUUCAAUAGAAACGUCUAAAGAUGAAAUAGAAUCUUUGGACGUGGGCGAGAGGCUGAACCAGAAAGCUAUAAUUACAGGGAAAAGACUUGCUGUCUUAUCGCUUGUCGAAAACUCUUAGUGAGUCCACUGUACAGACUUCUGGUAUACCCCAGCUUUCAAUUUUGUCAAGCUGUCUUAGUGAAACUCAGAGAGUAAUAUUCAAAAGAGUUGAAGAUAAACAAAGAGCGAGCAAACUUUGCGAACCCCUCUGUGUAAAGUCUUGAGUUUUAUUUCUUAUCAAUUGCCAUAUCAACACGUAUUUCUUCAGGCUGUGAAUUGCUUUGGAUAAUUUAAUAUCCGUGUUGAAACUUCAAAUGUAUAUCCCAAGUGCUACGAGAAAAGAAAGUAGUUUAGACUUUAAUCUGACACAGUAGUUGCAUUUUCUUUCCUGGUUCUUCUUUUUUUGCUAAUGCACAACAAAACCAUGUGUUCACCCAAGAACUCAUGUGCCUUUCUCCAUCACAACAGGGAAUGUUUAUCCCUAAGCAUGUACAAACUGUUUGAUUUGAAAUUAAUGAAAUGUAAAUAUAAUGUUAAGAGGUCUUAUUAUAGAUACAUGUUGUAAAAUACUCAAAAUGCGAUAAUCCAGGAUAAUCAAAGU